AUGUCCGUUGUUGCCGCCAGUCUCCGUCGCUGCGACGACUUCGAGGGAUACGACGGCGGGGAGGCCAGCGUCGCGGACUCCUCGCGGUCGGAGGAGCUGUCGGGCUCGGCGUCGCCGCCGCCAGAGCCCAGAUGCUCGACUGCCCGGGCACGGUCGCCGCCGCAGGUCCCGGCGGCCUGCUCCCCCAGCCGGCUGCCGUACGUGGUCGUGUGCAGCGUGGGUCUCCUCAUCGUCAUCGUGGGCGUCAACGUCAUCUCCUACAAGCUGCAAGCGGGAGAGGCCAUCAUGGCGCUGUUUAACAACUCCAUGGCGAUGAUGUGGCGCGGCGGCAACGGCUCGGAGACCGGCGACGGCAGCAUCCUAAUCGGCGCCGACAGCCGGCACCUCGGCAGGCACGAGAUCAAGCUGCUGCUGACCGAAUCCAGCUGCCGGAGCGACGUGUGCGUCUGGGCAGAGAACUACCUUCGAGGCAGGCUGAACUCGAGCGUCAACCCGUGCUCCGACUUCUACGCGUACGUGUGCUCUAAGCACUGGAUGUCGCGGGACUUGGAGGUGCAGUCGAGGGCCUACCGUGAGCGAACGGCCGGCAUGAUGAUGAUGGACGUCGAGAAGUUCUUCCGACAGUACCUCAAGGAGAACGAAGAACGCUACCAUAAGUACCCGGGCGUGUUCCUACAUCAAGCCAUCUCGCUGCUGCCAAAGUGCCAGUCCGAAGAGAAGAACGACAAGAACCUCACGUCGCUCCGCAGCCUUCUGCAGGAGUAUAACCUCGGCACCUGGCCGUACAAGAAGGCUCCGCGCGGUGCCAACAUCGUCACCAUCUCGGCGUUCGUUGAUCGCGACCUCGGCGUCUUCGCUUUCGCCAGAGUUUUCCUGCGCAAAUCUUUCGAGGACGAUCGCGGCUACACGGUUCACAUAGACGCGCCGAGCCUCACUCUCAAAAGAUACAACCUGGCGCACCUCGACGAAUCGCCGGAGAACUUCACUGAGAAGGUAGCUCUGGCGUUGUCGCUCCUCGACUUGAAGCAAGACGUAUCGGAACAGGCGGAAGCGAUAGCCUUUCUCGAGAAGAAACUCCAAAGCGUAAUCGGUGCACCACAUUUCGUCGAUUUCCAGGACAGGCUCAAGCGCGUCGGACAACUUGACCGCAAGGGAAAGUGGGACUGGAAGGAGUACCUUACGAUCCUUUUUCAAGACAUCGAGACGUUUGACAACGACAAACAAGUGGCCGUCAUGAACAAUGAGUACAUCAGUAAGCUGGCCGCCAUCCUGAAUGAGACAGAUACAUUGACUCUUCUGAACUACCUGGGCUACCGCCUCGUUGUGCACAUGUCCCCACUUCUGGCCAAAGUUGCCAGCCCGUUGCUGCGCCUGAGUCAUGACGACUACUUGGAGUUCGUUCCGGACCGGCUUCAAGCUUGCAUGCACUUACUAGAACGACUCUACAAGCACGGCAUGCGUUUUUUCGGCCGGAUGACUUUCAGCAAGAACAACUCCACACUGCUUUUGAAGCACUAUGACUACAGCAUGAACAGCCUCGAAGUCCAGCUCAAGAGUAGCAUGACGGAUCGCCUCCUUUCCUCUUCUUCGUGGCUGGACCGUUCAGCGAUCGGAAUUGGCGUCGACAAGAUCGAAAACAUGCGUUUCAUCUUCCUGGGCAGCUCAGACGACAUCAACACCGUCGCGAGCUACUACAACUUCAACGCUCAACCCUUGGACCCAAGUCACCUCGUCGAGAGCUUUCGUGACCUUCAGGCCAGUACUAUGAACGUCUACUGGGAGACCAAGCCUCCCAAAGACGACCUCGACGCGAGAUACGACCACACAGCCCUUACACCAGGACAAGAGUACUUCUUUGGCCGCAACGUGCUCUUCAUUCCACACGCAAACAUUGCCUUCCUCAACGACAUCAGCAAGAGCAUCGACCCGAUACUAUUCCCACUUGUCCUAGCUGAAGUCUUACGAGGCAUGUUCGGGGCCGUGGAUCGGCGCGGCGCCUCCGUGGACCACAACCUCGCAGUGGCCACUUGGUGGAACUCUGAUGAGAUUAGCAAGUUCUCGCAGCUGGAGCUUUGCUUCCAGGACCAGUACUACGUCGAGAUACGAGAUCUCAUUGGGGACAACUUUGAAGCCAAGAUGAGGCUGGAAGAGAACAUCGCAGACAACGCCGUCAUCGGUCCGCUUCACGACAUGUACAUGAAGGCUCUCAUGUCGAAAGACGGGGCCAACAGGCUCAAGAUCUCCGUGGACGAGAACCAGUUCGACAUGGAACAGCUGUUCUUCAUCCUCUACGCCGUGGGACUGUGCGACAAUCCGAACCGCGAUGUCUGGAUACGUAAGCUCAAGUUUGGCGAGAUGCCUGCCAGGCUUCGGGUCAACAUCCCGCUAAUGAACUUCGCCAAGUUCACGACUGCCUUCGGCUGCGCUCCAGGCAUGGCCAUGAGCCCCGCUCGCAAGUGCGCUGUCUGGUGA